CGGAGCCCUGGCAAACCGACGCUCCCGCCCGCCCCGCCCGCCCCGCGGUCAGCUGAUGGGCCGCCAGCCCCGGGAGGCUGCCGCCGCGCGAACAUGGCGGCCGAGAUCCACUCCAGGCCGCAGAGUAGCCGCCCGGUGCUGCUGAGCAAGAUCGAGGGGCACCAGGACGCAGUCACGGCCGCGCUGCUCAUCCCAAAGGAGGACGGCGUGAUCACCGCCAGCGAAGACAGAACCAUCCGAGUAUGGCUGAAGAGAGACAGUGGCCAGUACUGGCCCAGCAUUUACCACACAAUGGCCUCCCCUUGCUCCGCUCUGACUUACCACCACGACCGCAGACGGGUGUUCGUGGGCCAGGACAGCGGGGCCGUUGCGGAAUUUCAUGUUUCUGAAGAUUUUAAUAAAAUGAACUUUAUCAAGACCUACCCAGCUCACCAGAACCGGGUGUCUGCGAUUAUCUUCAGCUCCGCCACGGAGUGGGUGGUCAGCACCGGUCACGACAAGUGUAUCAGCUGGACAUGCACUCGGAGCGGGGACACGCUCGGGAGGCACUUCUUCACGUCCUGGGCUUCGUGCUUACAAUAUGACUUUGAUACUCAGUACGCUUUCGUUGGCGAUUACUCUGGGCAGAUCACCCUGCUGAAGCUCGAACAGAACACCUGUUCCGUUAUCACCACCCUCAAAGGACACGAAGGUAGCAUCGCCUGUCUCUGGUGGGACCCUGUUCAACGGUUACUCUUCUCGGGAGCGGCCGACAACAGCAUCAUCAUGUGGGACAUCGGGGGAAGGAAAGGCCGCACGCUCUUGCUCCAGGGCCACCAUGACCGGGUGCAGGCGCUGUGCUACCUGCAGCUCACGAGGCAGCUGGUCUCCUGCUCCUCGGACGGUGGGAUUGCCGUGUGGAACAUGGACGUCAGCAGAGAGGAGGCCCCUCAGUGGUUAGAGAGUGACUCCUGCCAGAAGUGCGAGCAGCCCUUCUUCUGGAACAUAAAGCAGAUGUGGGACACGAAGACCCUGGGGCUGAGACAGCAUCACUGCAGGAAGUGCGGGCAGGCUGUCUGCGGGAAGUGCAGCAGCAAGCGCUCCAGCUACCCCGUCAUGGGCUUCGAGUUCCAGGUCCGCAUGUGCGACUCCUGCUACGACUCCAUCAAGGAUGAGGAUCGGACUUCUCUAGCAACCUUCCAUGAAGGAAAACACAACAUUUCCCACAUGUCCAUGGAUGUUGCCAGGGGACUGAUGGUGACCUGUGGGACCGAUCGCAUUGUAAAGAUAUGGGACAUGACGCCCGUGGUGGGCUGCAGCCUGGCCACCGGCUUUUCCCCGCACUGACCUGCGGCGGCACAGUCCACACCUCCCGGCGGCAGCCUCCAAAUGCCACCCUUCCCUGUGGCGCUGCAGUCACCGUCACGUGAACGGACAGUGCCCACUUCAACACAGAUCGACACUUUCCAAAAGAAAAAAAACUAAAGGUGUGUUUCGGGGAACCCGUGGAGACCACCUGCGGGGACUAAUAGGCAGAGGUCCGUCUGCAGCGGUUCCUGGACGCGUGGAGCUCCCUCAGCGAGACGUCCUCCUGAACACUGAGCAGAUGGGGACCAAAAGACCCGUCCAGCAAAUGUAACUGUUUUAGAGGAAAACAUAGUGAACUAAAGAGUCACUGCCUAGAAUGCCCUGCAAGCCGCUGCGAGGACACACACCUGCCCUGUGACCUGCUGGGCCCCCGGGGCUGCCGGUGCAGCCGGAUCGGGGACAGGAGGCUGUCUCUGUCCCUCAAGGGGACACAGUAAGGACUUCGGGGCCCAGAGGUGCUCCUCCCAUGCCAGCAGGGUGUGAGCACGCUUUACACGUAGUGAUGGGCAGACAUGUUAGAGAUGCCUGUUGUCUCCAGGGCCGUUAUCCGCACCGAGCAUCUGGCUGGCUCACUUCCCGUCUCUCCUGCCCGGCACUGUGCCACGGGAGAACCUCACGGUGGCCGUGAGUGACUCGUGAAACUUCUGUAGUAACAAGGCAGGCCACAUUCUCCCCGCCCCCGCCACAUGUGUGCUCUGGGGACAGAAUGUUUCUGUGGUGCCACUGCCAUGAGAGUCACACAAGCCGCCUGACUUUCUGUCACUGCCGUUAGUGACGACUGCUGGGAAACCCAGCUGCCAGCAUGCGUGUGGUGGGAAGUGGUCCUUCGGUUCCGUGGAGCAGCCUCCUCCGAACAGGCACGUUCUGUUUCUGGUUCCCAGGUGAGCCCCUGUGACGCUGUGGCACUUUAACAUGCGCCCCAGAUGAGAACUCCAAAGCGCUUUAACCUUAACCUUAACUUGUAUUUGUAACUAAUGUUAUUACUAUUUCAUGGAAGGAAAUUGGCAACCCAGAGCAAUAGCAUUAACCAGCUCCUGCACAGUAAUUCCCAACUCGUAAAUUGCUUUCAGAACAACUUGCAAAAUCUGUUGUAUCAAACGGUGUUGUUGGAAAGGGUUUGGUUGAAAGGGUUUGGUCGCUGGGUACCAGGAUGGGGAAACGGUGGGGGAGGGGACGCCCACUGUUCAUAUUCAAAUAUUUAUUGUUUGAUUGUUUUUAACAAUAGUACACAUAUCUAUUACUUUAGGACUAUGGAAUGAGGAGAGACCUACUUUUUUUAAGGAUAAAUUUAAAAAUAGCAACAGUAUUUUUGUUAGUCUUACUAAUGGUUGUUGUUAAAAACUCACUUCUGCUUCACUAACGUUGGGGUCAUAUCAGGACCAACGUCACUGUAUACAAUGCAGCUAAGGAACUCAGUCUGUUUUCUAACAGCAGCUAAGGAGGCUGGAACGUGGACAGGCACUUACACUGAAAUGUCUUAAUACCGAGGGACUCACAUAAUAAGGGCAGUGGUGAGGCACUUGUGUUUUAGGAUGAUCUGCUUUGACACUUGGCUUGCCUUCAGGAAUAAGACUGAAGCGUUUUGUUGCUCCUUGUAAUUUUUGUACUAUCUCACCUGAAAAAUGAAGUUUCCUUUAAAAACUUUCCCUGGGCUUUCUGCACAAUGUACCUUACUAAUACUGUCUGGAAGGCAGAUUGAGCGAUGGCGACUUUUAGAUGGCAGUGUUGAAUGCUGACGGGAGGUCAGUCCUGGUUCAGCCCACACAGAGGUGCUAUCCUGGGGACUUGACGGAGUCCUCAAUGGAAACCCGAACAUGAUCAAUUCCUUGCCACAACGACAAGUGCUGAACUAUGGUUUUGUUUUCCUCUAUUCUGUAAAAUGUGAUUUUCUAGGCUGAGCAGAGAGCAUCACAGCUGCUGAGAAUAUGCCGUAGCUUUCAAUCUUCUUUUUAUUUAGGCAGUUUUUAAUGAAGAGCCCCAAUGCUUCAUAGAGACUGUAGGUUUGUGGUAGUGCCUCUGAGGGGUUAGGCUAAUAGAAAUCAAGGAAAUGCAUAUUUCACGAAGAAGAGGAGCCAAGGUAUCUGGAAAGGAGAGGAGCUGUUUCCAUAUGCUUUUCUCUCCACCGGGGCCUGUUUUUCUGUCUGAAAACACGCGUGGCACCCUGGUCUUGUCUCUGACACACACUAAGUAAGUAGCAAAGGGGGUACUAUUUUUUUAUACAGGUGGGCAGAAAUUAUUUUCUCAACUUUACUGACUGAGCACAUGAGGACAGUCCAGCUGCGCUUACGGUUAUUGCCUUACCUCGCAUUACUCUGACACAGGUCAUCUAAAAUCGUUCUUCCCAUAACGACUGUUUUUUCACAGUCCUUUGUACAAACAGAUUAAGAAGUACAGAAUGUUAGAGAAAAUCUUUAUGUUUAGUUCCAGUAAGUACGGGAUAAGAAAAUGCCAAUUCUUUAUUUUAAACAUGUUUUUAAUUGGCCACUUAGUAGCACAAGUGAUAGAGAUAACCCUGUAACAUUCAGGGGGAAUAUCAUUCAUUUCAUUGUCAAUCUCUGUUUUCCACAUCCUCUGCUGCCCAGAGGCUAUAAACAAGAUGUCAUGCUCUGGACAGCUCCUCGUAAAGAAUUCGGUUUGUUAGUAUCCACAUUUUUCAACUGUCGACACUGGCCUAAAUUUGUAAUAAAUUCCACAGUGGCUCAUAUCCAAGGAGCUGUUUUCUAAAAUCAGUUUUCUUUAAAUUAUUUUCUCCUUCCGUGACUGGAUCUGAUGUCUUUUAAAAUGUAAGAAACCAGUUACUAUUAAUGAUAAAUCAUCUGCUCACUACAAAUGUGAGGUUUAAGAAAUAAGUGAUACAUGCUGUAUUUAUUCAUUGUGAGCAGAUUACUACUCUAUUUCCUGCGGUUUAUUAUACAGUAACUCUUGGGGUAAGUUGAAGCUGAAUUGAGCGGCAAAUCCACAUCAGAAUCUGGUUUACAGUGUUUUUCUCUAUCGCCUUUCCUGGACUGGGGAGCUGAGCAACGCCGGUCAGUGUCCCUGGUCCCCAUACGAGCAGUGUCUCCGUAAAGACAGUGGCCGGCGGACCCCAGCGCACCGGAAACCGUCCUCUGCGCCUAUUUGUGGGUUCUGUUUUUGUGGGGUUUCUUUUUUGAGAAAAUAUGUACAAUAAAAUAUUCCUUGCUUGUU